AUGUCACUUGGACUUACAUCUUCGUUAUCUGAUCUUGUUCAAAAAGCUAUAGAAAUUGAAUCCAGCAUUAUUCAACAGAAAAUUGAUGAUAAACUUCGUGAUGUUCAUAAAGACAACAACAUUAAUAAACAAACUUCUGCAACUGUUAACAAUUUAUAUAAUGAUACUCAAUUUAAUCCAUCAGCAACAACAACAGCAACUUAUCAUAAAAAUACUUCACAUAAUAAUUCUAAUAAUAAUUUCAACUAUGAUAAUACUCAAAAUCAUCAUGCUGAUAAUAAAUAUUCACGGACAUUUUCAAAUUCAACAACAUUACCAUCUCGAUCAUCUCAAAUUCAAAAUAAAAUUCAAACUCAUGAACAAAAUCCGAAUCGAAAUACAAAAGUAAGAUUUCGUAACAAUAAUCGAUGGUGUUCAUUUUGUCCCACCACAAUCUCACCACCAACAUCUUAUCUAAUCGCUGAAGCUAAAGUAAACGGUAUACGUGGUCUUGUACUUCUUGAUACUGGAUCCGGUCUGACUAUCAUUAGUUUUCAACAUUGGUCAAUUAUAGGUGAUAAAUCAAGUCCAUUAACACCAUAUACUGGACCUGAUAUUCAUGGACCAGAAGGUAGUUCUAUUUGUCCAGUAGGAUGGGUGACCGUUGAUAUAGCUAUUGCUGGUAUUAUUAUUCAACAUAAAGCUAUUUUAGCUAAAAAUUUCAAACAUUUAAUUUUAAUUGGAAAUGAUCUUAUGAAAAAUAUUGGAAUAGUACUUGAUAUUCAAGCCAAUAAAAUGUGGUUACGAACUAAGCCUAAUCUACAAUAUGAUAUUUCAUCUGAUCUUAGCAAUGCAGGACGUCUCGAUGUACCACUACUUUCAACACAAUUACGUACUAUUCCACCAUAUUAUAUGGCAUUUAUUCAAGUUAAAACACCAUCAUCUAUUUCAUCUGUUACUUGGGAAGCAUCGGUUAGUGGUGUACAUCGAUAUGUUAUUGCUGCUAAUUCUUUAGUUCGUAUUCAAAAUCAAUCUUGUACUAUUCAAGUUGCUAAUUGUUCUUCAAAAUCUCAAGUUAUUUAUCCUGGUCAACAUUUAGGAACUGCUGAUUUAUAUGAUAGUGAAAAUGAUGAUACUACGCUUGUUCUACCUAUUACAUCAUUAUCAACAACAUCUACAUUACCUUGCAACAUUAUCGAAUCAUCUAAUCAAAUUUAUUGUUCUACUCAAGUCAAAGAAUCAUCUAAUAAUAAUAAUUCAAUAACACUUAAUUCAUUGAACUUUUUAACCGAAUUAAAUCUUACUGAUAGCGAUCUAACACUACAACAAACUGAAAAAUUAAAAUCUCUUUUAGUUAAAUAUGAUCAAUGUUUUGAAAAUAGAUUAGGACGUACAUCUCUUGUUCAUCAUCAAAUUGAUACUGGUAAUACUAAGCCAAUUAAAUUACGUCCUUAUCGCGUUUCACCUGUACGAAAAGAAAUAAUUUCUACUGAAAUUACAAAAAUGUUAAAUGAAGGUAUUAUUGAACCAUGUAAUAGUCCAUAUGCUGCUCCUAUUACAUUACAACCAAAGAAGGAUGGUUCAUUAAGAUUUUGCGUCGAUUUCCGUGAACUAAAUGCUGUUACUGUACGAGAUGUUUAUCCAAUACCUCGUAUUGAUGAUACUCUUGAUCAACUUCAACAUGCUAAAUAUUUUUCAUCAAUGGAUCUUCGUAGUGGAUUUUGGCAAAUCGAACUGGAUCCAACUAGUCGAGAUAAAACAGCAUUUAUAUCUCAUGCAGGUCUAUUUCGAUUUCGUGUUAUGCCAUUUGGUUUAACUAAUGCACCAGCUACUUUCCAACGUCUUAUGGAUUUAGUAUUAGGUGGUUUAAAAUGGUCAUGUGCACUUGUUUAUCUUGAUGAUAUAAUUGUUUAUUCAACAUCAUUUGACGAUCAUUUAUAUCAUCUCGAACUCGUUCUUCAACAAAUUCAACAGAGUGGUUUAACACUUAAAAUUGAUAAAUGUCACUUCUGUAAAACUCAACUUAAAUAUCUCGGUCAUAUCGUUUCAAAAGAAGGAAUUCGUCCUGAUCCUGAUAAAUUAAAUGCUGUACGUGAAUAUCCUGUACCAACAAAAUUAAAAGCUGUUCGUACUUUUCUCGGUCUUUCAAGUUAUUAUCGUCGUUUCAUUAAAAGUUAUGCUACAAUUGCUGAACCAUUAAUAGCACUUACACGUCAUUCUGAUUUGAAAUCAUUUCAAUGGUCUGAAGCAUGUCAAAAUUCAUUCGAAACAUUACGGCAACGUCUAAUCGAAGCACCAAUUAUUUCUUAUCCUCGGUUUGAUCAACCUUUUAUUUUACAGUUAGAUGCUUCUGAUGUAGGUCUUUCAGCUAUUCUUGCUCAAAAAUUAAUUGAUCAAGAUGGCAAAGCUCGUGAACAUGUUAUUGGCUAUGCAAGUCGUACACUUUCUGCAUCUGAACGUAAAUACAGCCCAACAGAACGUGAAUGUUUAGCCAUUGUUUAUGGUUGUAAUUAUUAUCGUCCAUAUAUUGAAGGAACUCGAUUUACUGCUAUUACUGAUCAUAAAGCUCUUAAGUGGCUUCAUUCAACUAAAGAUUUAAAUAGUCGUUUAGCUCGGUGGGCAAUACAAAUCGCUACAUAUGAUAUAGAUAUUCAACAUCGACCUGGCAGUGAAAACGGUCCACCUGAUGCUCUCUCUCGAUAUCCUAUUAAUGUCAAUGUUCAUAGAGAUGAUGAUGAAUUAUCACCUUCAAUUAUAUCUACUAUUACUUCUGAUUAUUUCAAUAUUAAUUACAUUGAUGAUCUAUCUACUGUAUCAUAUGAUCCUGGCUCUCUAUUACUUCUUGAUUAUUUUCGAAAUAAUUCAUUACCACCACAUUCUUUAUCGAUUCCAAUAUCUUUAAUAUCUACUUCUACGAAAUCUACUGAUGUACUUGAUUCAACUAUAGCUAAUAUUCAUUUCGCUGAUAAUAUUAAUUUGUAUGAACAAAUUCGAACUGCUCAAUGGAAAGAUUCAUUCAUUUUACCAUUACUUAAUUUUCUUCAAAAUCAAAUGACACCUACAAUUGAUAAUCUUCCAAAAUUUUAUGGUUUAGCUCGUUUACAUCGGGUAAUUGAUGGAGCUCUUUAUCGUAUAUUUCAUAAUAAACAUUCAUCUGAACGUUUACUUCUUGUUAUUCCUUCGUCGGAAGUGACAAAUAUUUUACAACUUGCUCAUGAUCAUGCUACAGCUGCACAUCUCGGACGUCGUAAAACAUUAUCAAGAUUAAAUUCACGUUUUUACUGGCCUCAUAUGCGUCGUAAUGUUGCUGAUUAUGUGAGAGCAUGUAUUUUAUGUCAACAGUAUAAACCAACAAAUCAAAAACCUGGUGGUUUAAUGAAACCAAUUAUUGUUUCAGAACCAUGGCAUACAGUUGGUAUUGACAUUACUGGUCCAUUUACUAAGACUCGCCGAGGUAAUCAUUUUAUUCUCGUCGUAGUUGAUUAUUUUACAAAAUGGGUGGAACUGUUUCCACUUCAAUCUACUAAAGCAGCUACAAUAGCUCAAAUUUUCCUCGAUGAAGUUUUAUGUCGAUUUGGGUUUCCUGUUCGUGUUAUAUCUGAUAAUGGUGUACAAUUUCUUUCGAACGUAUUUACUCAACUAUGUGAUCUUCUUGGUAUUCAUCAUCAACGUACACCUUUAUAUCAUCCACAAAGUAACUUAAGUGAACGCAUUAAUCGUACAUUAAAACCUAUAUUAGCAUCACUUGCUCAUAAUGAUUCAAAAGGAUGGGAUCUUAAAUUAUCACAAAUUGCAUUUGCCUUACGUACUGCUCCAAGUGAAUCAACAGAUAAUUCACCUGCAUUUCUUAUGUUUGGUCGUCAUCCACGCCAACCUCUUGAUUUACUAUUACCAUCUCCACCUGUUUCUGAUAAUUUACCAUCAUCUAAUGAAUUAUCUGCUUAUCGCAAACGAUUGCUAGUAGACUUGAUGCCGGCUUACAGAACUGCUCGUGAAUUACUUGAUAUUUCUCAUCAAACACAAUCUCGUCAUUACAAUGUUCAUCGUCGAUCAUUAGAAUUUAACAUUGGUGAUUUAGUAUGGGUGACAAGUUUAUCAGGUAUCGCUAUGGGUAAAUGGCGUGGUGGUAAGCUACAACCAAGACGGGAAGGUCCAUAUAAAAUCAUCACAAAAUUAUCAUCUGUUACCUAUGAAUUAGAACAUCUUAUUUCUCAUAAACGUUUAUCACCAAUACAUAUAGAACGACUUACACAGUAUUAUUCAUUCACAGCAAUCAAUUAUUUGAACUGA